AUGGCUACUCCUACUGUACUUACUUUCGAUGCUGAGGGCCGUCCAGUGAAGUUCGAAACCUGGCUCGAUGACCUCCACCUCUUUCUACAGCUCACUGCUAAGGAGGACGUUUCACUGUACGAUCACGCCCUAGGCAACGCUACUGCCCCUCCUACCACUGCUGACAGCACUCAGCGCUCACAGUGGCAGACUCGUGACGCCCACGCUCGCUUCGCUAUUCGUAACUCCCUACCGAUCGACGAGCGCGAGCACUUUGGCCAGCACAAAACUGCUAAGGACCUGUACACUGCUGUAGUCGCUCGCUACUCCUCCCCCGCUUCUGCCACACUAGGCCGCCUCACUCUCCCCUACCUGUUCCCCGACCUGGCCUCCUUUCAGACAGUUGCUGACCUCAUCACCCACCUUAAGACCAGUGAGGCCCGCUUUCGCGCUGCUAUGCCUGACGAGUUCCUCACCAGCAACCCCCCCCCGCUCUGGAUCACUCUCUACCACAUAGUCACCCGCCUCCCCGACUCCCUGCGCACAGUCAGGGACCACUUCCUCUCUCGCUCCCCCACUGAACUCACCAUUGCCCUCCUCGAGAAGGAACUGCUUGCAGCUGAGGCGAGCAUCGUCGCUGUAGGCACCUCUCGUGGCGACCCCCGCACCCCGUUCUUUGAGGGGUGUUCCCCUUCCCCUCUCCUCCCCUCUGUCGCCUCUGCUGCUGCUGUCGACCUCCUUGGUGCUGGGAAGGUCGGGGCCGCGUCUGCUUCGAGCGGGCGCCGCAAGAGCAAAGGGGGCAAGGGUGGAGGUGGUGGCGGAGGAGGUGGGGGUGGAGGCGGUGGGAGUGGAGGAGCGGCUGGGGAGGCUAGUGGCGGCAGUGGGGGUGGUGACAGCAGCGGCGGGAGUGGCGGCAGGGGUGGAGGCGGCAGCGGAGGCGGAGGUGGUCGUGGCAGCGGCAGGGGUGGAGGUGGCCGAGGCGGUGGCGGCGGCAGUGGUGGUCGUGGAGGCGCUGGCGGUGGCCAGAGUCAGCAGCCCGCCCCGUCGCUUCAGGCCGCCCGUGAGUGGUAUGCGCAGCGUGGCUUUACCUGCACGUACGUCAUUCGCACUGGUGACCGCACUGGCCAGCAGUGUGGGAGGCCGCAUCCCACACAGCGCUGUUUCGCGCGCCUUACUGACGCGUGGCGUGCCCAGUUUCCUGAUGCCACUGACCUGCCCCGCUGGGCUGAUCUGGAGAAGAAGGGAGUUGAUAUCUGGGCUUUAGACUUUGAUGCUAUUCUCACUGCCAUGUAUGCGAUGUUUACUAGUGGAGAGGGUGCUCAGUACUUGCGUGUUCCGCCCGACCCGGGCAUUCAGACCAGUCCGGCUGCCGCUCUAGGUGCUAGUGAGUCUGCUGCCCCAGGUCCUGGUGAGGCUGCUGCUCUAGGUGCUAGUGAGUCCGUGCCCUCUGGUACUGAGUCGACUGCAGCACUGCACACCUUCACACUGGACUCAGGUGCUUCUCGCUGUUUCUUUCGUGACCGCACUGUCCUUGAGCCGCUUGCUCGGCCAGUUGCUGUCUCCCUCGCUGACCCCUCUGGGGGUCCGGUCGUUGCGACCUCCUCCACUGUCCUUCCUUGUCCUGCGGUCCCGUCAGGCACACUGUCAGGUCUCUACCUCCCCUCGUUCUCUACGAACUUGGUGGCAGGUAGUGCGCUCCAGGACGGGGGUGUUCACCAGUUCACCCCUGCUUACGAGCGCGUGACCCACUGCACGUGUGCUCGGACGGGCCGUCACCUGGCUACCUUCACUCGGCAGCCGGGGUCGGACCUGUACACACUGACCACUGAGUCCCCUCAGGUAGCUGCGUCCGCGUCUGCGUCUGCGUCAGGUCAGCUGUCCGCCCCCUGCUCGUGUCGCUCUCUGGCGCAUGAGACUGUCCUCUGGCACCACCGCCUUGGUCACCCGUCUGUGCAGCGCCUUCGGGCCAUGCACAAACGGGACCUUGUUGCUGGUCUUCCCAGGGUUCUCCCUCCCCUCCCACCCUCGCCUGCUCCUCCCUGUCUUCCCUGUGUCGAGGGGCGGCAGCGCGCCGCUCCUCACUCCUCCUCCUUCCCCCCGACGACUGCUCCUUUGCAGACGCUCCACAUGGACGUGUGGGGCCCAGCCCGAGUCCGUGGUCACGGUCAGGAGAGGUACUUCCUGAUUGUUGUUGACGACUUCUCGCGCUACACCACGGUCUUCCCCUUGCGCACCAAGGGUGACGUCCCUGAUGUCUUGAUCCCUUGGAUCCGCAGAUCUCGUCUCCAGCUCAGUGAGCGUUUCCGCUCCGACUUCCCUGUCCUGCGUCUGCACUCUGACAGAGGUGGGGAGUUUUCCUCUGGCCUCCUGGAGGCCUUCUGUCAGCAGGAGGGCAUUGAGCAGUCGUUCACGCUUCCGGCCUCUCCACAGCAGAAUGGGGUUGCUGAGCGCCGCAUUGGCUUGGUCAUGGAGGUCGCUCGUACCUCCUUGGUUCAUGCGGCUGCCCCCCACUUUCUGUGGCCGUUUGCAGUCCGAUACGCUGCGCAUCAGCUCAACCUUUGGCCUCGUGUCUCCUUACCGGAGACUUCUCCGACACUGCGUUGGACGGGAGAGGCUGGCGAUGCGUCGCGUUUUCGGGUCUGGGGAUCUCGAGCUUUUGUUCGCGAUACGUCCGCGGACAAGCUCUCCCGUCGAGCUGUCCCCUGUGUCUUCCUUGGCUUUGUCCCGGACGCGCCUGGUGCUGAGGUACCAGACCCCCUCCCCCCUCAGGGUGCCGCUCCCUCAGGUGUGUCCCAGGUAGACCCGGUUGAGCCUGUCGAGGUAGCUGUUGACUCUCGUCCUGCUGGGGGUGCUGAGCCUGACCGUGAGGAGUCUGAGGGUACUGAGCCUGGGGGUGCGGAGCCUGGGGGUGCGGAGCCUGGGGGUGCGGAGCCUGGGGGUGCUGAGCCUGGGGGUGCGGAGCCUGGGGGUGCGGAGCCUGGGGGUGCUGAGCCUGGGGGUGCUGAGCCUGGGGGUGCUGAGCCUGGAGGUGCUGAGUCUGGGGGUGCUGAGUCUGGGGGUGCUGAGCCUGAGCGUGCUACACCUGGAGGAGCCCUCUCCUCCCGGCAGCUGCAGGAGCGGUACCUACAGUACUGCUGCCUCCGGAGAGGUGCUACUGGAGCUCGUACCAGUACUUCCCCUCCUGCCCAGGAGCUCCCCCCCAUUCAGCAGAUCCGAGAGUGGUACACGCGGCGCUGCAGUCUUCGGAGUGGUGCUCCUGGUGCUGCGGACCCUGAGGGUGGCGCUGCUACUGGUGCUGAGGACCCGGGCGUUGGAGCUGCUGCUGGUGCUGCGGACCCGAGCGGUGGCGCUGCUGCUGGUGCUGAGGACCCGGGCGUUGGAGCUACUGCUGGAGCUGAGGACCCGGACGGUGGAGCUGCUACUGGUGCUGAGGACCCGAGCGGUGGAGCUGCUGCUGGAGGUCUUACAGAGCGUCGUGAGCCUAAGUCUCGUCCUGCGUCGCCUGUUCGUACUGCUCGCACUGGUCGUCGUGUCCCACGUGAGCGUCCUCCUCCUGUCCCUGGCACUCACUACAUGACUCUGCGUCCCUCCACUGCUCCUCAGCGUGUUCCGCUGCCGUCUCCUCCUGCGUCCUCUCUGCCUACUCUUCCUGAUCCGGAGUCUGACUCCCGUCGUGCUGCCAGUCCCACUGUCACCCGUCUCCUCGCUACUGUUGUCACUGACCCUACCUUUGAGUCCUCUGCUGCGUCUGCUCUGGUCGCUGAGUUGAUAGACUUUGCUGCCCGGUGUCGUCUAGACUACGCCACUAGCCUUGUUGCUGAGUCUGAGUCUGAGUCUGUCUGUCCUCCGUCCGUCGGGGGUGAGUAUGCUCUUGGCACGGACGUCCUUGAGGACAGACAGGAGGAGUUCCAGUGCUUUGCUGCUGCUUUACCCCACCUCGUGUCCAUGCUAGUUGCCCCUGAGGGAGACCCGGAUGCACCAGACAUCCCGACCCCGCGCACUUACGCUGAGGCGAUGGCGGGUCCCUACUCCUCUCAGUGGCAGACAGCCAUGGACGCAGAGAUGGCUUCUUGGAAGUCCACAGGCACCUACGUCGACGAGGUUCCCCCACCUGGGGCGAACAUCGUCAGUGGCAUGUGGAUUUUCAGAGUGAAGCGGCCACCGAGUUCUCCUCCUGUCUUCAAGGCGCGCUACGUGGCUCGAGGCUUCAGUCAGCGAGAGGGAGUUGACUUCUUUCAGACCUUCUCCCCCACCUCGAAGAUGACCACUCUUCGGGUGCUGCUGCACAUAGCCGCUCAGCGCGACUACGAGCUUCACUCACUUGACUUCAGCACUGCUUUCUUGCAGGGCAGCCUGCACGAGGAGAUCUGGCUGCGCCGCCCUCCUGGCUUCACUGGGUCGGUUCCUCCAAGUACCCAGUGGAGGCUUCAGCGGCCGGUCUACAGUCUCCGCCAGGCACCGCGUGAGUGGCACGACACACUGAGGACGACACUUGCGGCUCUUGGGUUCGCUCCCUCUACUGCUGACCCGUCACUGUUUCUACGCACAGACACCUCACUGCUGCCGUUCUACAUCCUCGUGUACGUCGACGACUUGGUCUUUGCCACUGCUGACACCGCGGCACUCGCCCACGUGAAGUCGGAGCUGCAGAGGAGACACACGUGCACAGACCUAGGUGAACUGACAAGCUAUCUUGGCUUGCGGAUCACCCGGGACAGAGCACGGCGCACCAUCACCUUGACUCAGUCACACAUGGUGCAGCAGAUCCUUCAGCGCUUCCGCUUCACGUACUCCUCGCCUCAGUCCACUCCUCUGCCUACCGGUCACUCGCUCUCAGCUCUGCCUUCGGAUGAGUCCGUAGAGCCGAGUGGCCCGUAUCCAGAGCUUGUGGGCUGCCUCAUGUACCUGAUGACCUGCACUCGACCUGACCUUGCAUACCCUCUUAGCAUCCUUGCACGCUAUGUCGCUCCUGGCCGUCACAGGAAGGAGCACAUGGAUGCCGCUAAGAGGGUGUUGCGCUACUUGUGCAGUACGUCGGGCAUGGGGCUAGUGCUUGGAGGGCGAGACCGAGUUGUACUUACUGGACACUCAGACGCUUCUUGGGCGGACGACCAGGCUACUCAGCGGUCGUCUCAGGGUUACACCUUCAGCCUUGGCUCCGGCUCAGUUUCUUGGCGUUCUACACGCUCUUCUUCUGUUCUCAGCUCCAGUUGUGAGGCUGAGAUCUACGCCACAGCCAUGGCUGCCCAGGAGCUACGCUGGCUGACCUACCUGCUGACCGACUUGGGAGAGCGGCCUCGUUCUCCUCCAGUGCUGUACGUCGACAACCAGGCUGCCAUUGCCUUGUGUGAGGAGCACAGACUGGAGCACAGAACGAAGCACAUCGCCCUGCGGUACUUCCUUGCUCGAGAGCUGCAGCAGCGUGGUCAGCUUCGUCUGCGUUACGUGGCCACUGAGGCCAACCUUGCUGAUGUGUUCACCAAGGCGCUUCAGCCUUGUGACCAUCAGCGUUUCUGUACUCUUCUAGGCCUUGUGCCUGCUGGACCUCACUUACUUACUUCUUGA